GGUUGCUGGCAGUAACUUCCUUCAUGAGAUGCUGGACGUAACGGCUUUGCUGAUAGCGGUCUUUGUGAUCGCAGUCUCUGCGAGCAUCAUCUCCAGGAAACUGUUCUGGAGAGAGUUCGAGAAGCUUCCUGGUCUCGUACCUCUGCCCUUCAUUGGGUCUGCCUACGUAGCAUUCUUCGUUAAGCGUGAAGAUCGAGUGCGCAAAUUUGAUGAGUUGGCCGCAAAGCUCGGGCCAAUCUUCCGAGCGUGGGUUGGACCAUACCCAGUGGUAAUGAUCCAAAAACCGGAACACAUGGAGAAAGUAUUGUGCAGCAGCGAAUUAAUAGACAAGGCCGCAGUCUACUCCUUCCUGUACCCUUGGCUGGGGGAAGGUCUCCUCACCAGCUCAGGUUCCAAAUGGCAUAUGCAUCGGAAAAUGAUUACACCUGCUUUCCACUUCCGCAUUUUAGACAACUUCGUCGAUAUAUUUGCAGAAAAUGGGAAGGUUCUAGUAGAGAAACUUAAACCUAAAGCUGAUGGGAAAACGUUUGACAUAUACCCAUUUAUUACAAGCUGUGCGCUGGACAUCAUAUGUGAAACAGCAAUGGGAACAUCAGUCAACGCUCAGCAUGAGACACAAUCAGCUUAUGUUAACGCCAUUUACAGGAUCAGCGCACUAACCAUAGAAAGAAUGCUUAAUCCAUGGUUGUACCCUGAGUUCAUCUUUAAAAGGAGCCGAACAGGAAAAGAGUUCUACAACCAGCUGCAUGUCUUACAUGGUUUUACAAAGAAGGUGAUAAGUGAAAGGAAAGCAGUCCGUAAAACGAAUGGAGGCCAAGUCAAGGAAGCACAGGAGGACGACGUAAGCAGUAAGCGGCGUGUUGCUUUCCUCGACAUGCUACUGGAAGCUUCUGAGGACGGCCAUAAGCUCAACGACCAGGAGCUGCAGGAGGAAGUGGACACCUUCAUGUUUGAGGGCCACGACACGACGUCUGUUGGCAUGUUGUGGGUUUUGGUACUGCUCGGACAUCACCCCGGUAUCCAGGAGAAAGUCUUCGCUGAGCUGGAUGAUAUAUUUCGAGACGAUCCCAACAGACGUCCAACUACACAUGAUCUGAACAACAUGAAGUACCUCGAGAUGGUCAUAAAGGAAGCCCUGAGGCUAUAUCCUAGUGUGCCUGGUAUCGGUCGCCGAGCGACGAAGGAAGUGGAAAUUGGUGGUUACAAAAUUCCUGAGGGUUGCACGAUAACCCUCAACAUCCGAAACACUCAUCGCGACCCCGACUACUGGCCGGACCCUGAUCGCUUCGACCCGGACAACUUCCUGCAGGAGAGGGUGCAGGGCAGGCACCCCUUCGCGUACGUGCCCUUCAGCGCGGGGCCCCGAAACUGCAUAGGCCAGAAGUUCGCCAUCCUGGAGGAGAAGGCGGUGCUGUCGUACGUGCUGCGAAACUUCCGCGUGGAGACGGUGGACAGGCUGGAGGAUCUGAAACUGAAUGGCGAGUUUCUCCUGAGGCCAAUGAACGCCGUCAACUUCAGGCUGUGGCCGCGGUAGCGCAACGUCUGUUGUGGCGCUUCUAGCUGUCUCCUGUACAAUUCGCCGACGGUGCUUCACGUUCUCACU